GAUUUUACUUGGUUUUCUUCCCUAUUUAAUGAAGUGUUUUCUCGCUGUUAUCUGUGUUGUACGUUAUGUUGAAGGUUACUUACUCACUUUAUUUGAAUUGAACGUCUCUAAUAUUUCUAGUUUAGCAGAAUAUGUGUGUUGCUGUGUGUUUGUUUCUCGGCAGGUGUCGCUGUUUGGCUUUAAGCUGUUUCCGGUCUCCGGGGUGAAAGGUCGGGUUCCCGGUUUGAAAGUGCUAACAGCAGCAGGUUUGUCCAUGAACACCUGCAUGUGCGUGUUUACGGGUCCGUUUGCUCUGUUGAACUUUUUAAAGUGUUUCAAUGUUCGUCGUUGUUUGGCGGGUUGUGAGAGCAGCUCGCGCAGCAGCAGGUACGAACUUCACCUUCGCUUCCGUUUCUUCCCCUGCUGUUAGCAUGCUAACGGGAGCUAACGGGAGCUAACGGGAGCUGCGCUAAAGUUUAUCCCGGGUUAUUCUCUAAUGAACCGCUUCUCUGCAGCAGUUUCACAUCAGUCGUAGUUGGAACCGGUUCUGUCCGGGUCUCGAACCUGCGAGCAGCCAGAGUCUCAGAGGUCGACCUGUCAGCAUGGAGCCGCAGCUGCUGAUUGGGUGGCAGCAGGAGAAGGCGGAGCUUAAACGGGAAGUGUGUCGUCUGCAGGAGGAGCUGGCGGAGAGUCGAGCGGAGAGAGAGGAGCUGGAGUCCAGGAGCAGAGCUCUGAAAGACAGGCUGCGCCAGUCAGUGUCUCCCUCGCUCGCCCUCUCUCUGCAGGUGGAGGGUGAGCAGAGGGAGUGGAGGAGGAGGGUGAGGGAGGGGAGAGAGAGGGAGGCCAGACAGGCUCUGCUCAUCCACCGACUGCAGAACAAGGUUCUGGAGUACAGAGACCGCUGUCAACAUGUGGAGCUGCAGCUGCAGGAGGAACACACACAGCUGCUCAACACCGAGAGGAGGAUCAGAGAUGAACACAGUGACUCUCUGGAGAGCGCCCUCAUCAGGCUGGAGGAGGAACAACAGAGGUCAGUCAGUCUGGCCGACACAAACGCUCUCCUCCGGGAGCGGCUCAGCCAAUCAGAGCAGGCCAACCAGGCCCUGAGGGAGGACCUCCAGAAGCUGACAUCUGAUUGGACAAGAGCUGUGGAGGAGGCGGAGCAGAAAGAAGAUGAUUGGCAGAGAGAGCGGGAGUGUCGGUCCGGUCACGUGGGUCAGCAGCAGGCUCGGCUGCUGUCGGUCUGGAGGUCUGUGGUCGCUCUGAGGCGACACUGUCACACCGUCAGAACGGCCGCCGACAGGGACCUGUGGCAGCUGAGGGCGGAGUUCUCUCGUCUCUCCUCCUCUCUCCUCUCCAGCUGCGACUCUGUCUCCUCCUCCCUGAGGCUCAGCGCUCCUCCCGACAAACCUUCCUCCUCCUCUCAUCCUCCUCUGUCCUCCACCAUGGUUCAUCCUCCUCCGGAUUCCUCGCCGGCUGUUCCUCCCCUCAUCUCCUCCUCCAGCCUGGGAACUUUCAGUCUGGGAGAGCUGGAGAUCAAGGAGGAGGAGGAGGAGGAGGAGGAGGAGGAGCGAGAGAUUUCAGAGUUGAAGCUUCUUCAUGAGACCAAAGUUCUGCAGCUGAAUGAACGGGUUGCGGAGCUCUCUCGCUCGCUGCAGGUGGAGGACAGGCAGAGGGAGGAGAGAGAGAGAGAGGUAGAGAGACUAAGGGAAACAGAGAGGAGCCUGCAGUCUGUCAGUCAAGCUGUGAUCAAGCUGUCCAGAGUCCUGAGCAGCAGCAGCAGCCGGUCUGUGUGCGUCUCCUCAGACGGCGUCCUGGGUCUGGACCUGUCCUCCCUGCUGUCCGUCCUGUCUCAUGCUGAGAGCUCCCUGCAGUGGAGACACGAGGAGCUGCAGGGGGCGGAGCUAUCUCUACGGCGGCUCGGCGAGGAGAAGGCGGCUCUGCAGCGCCGACUGAAACAGCUGGAGGACGACAACCAGCAGCUGCACGGACACACACAACACACACAGCUGGAGCUCACACACACUGUGGACACACUGAGCAGGGAGCGGGAGGCGGCGUCCUCGCUGCGCCUGCAGGUGGACGAGGUGCAGCGGAGGGAGGAGGAGCUUCAGAGGGAGAACGAGCGUCUGAGGAGGGAGAGGGACCGACAGGAGGAGAGGAGCAGACAGCUGGAGACCGAGACACACAGACGAGUUGAAACGGAGCUGUUGGAGAGCGUCCAGCUGACUGAGAGAGAAACUCUGCAGCGUCUGGAGCUCCACGCUCUGAAGGGGGCGCUGGACAGGCAGCAGCUGGACAGACAGAGAGCAGAAGAAGAGGCCGCCGACGCCAGAGACGCCCUGCAGAAGUCCAGGGAGGGUGUGUUGCGUCUCUCGUCCUCAGAGUGCGUGUUGAAGCGGGAGGUGGAGGAGGGACGUGACGCUCUCGACAAGAUGGCUGCCCUGAACUCGGCUCUGGCCUCAGACAAGAGAGAGCUGAACAAACAGCUGCUGCAGCUGGAGUGCGAGCUGUCAGACAGCCAAUCACAGCUGCAGGCUCUGAGGUCAGAGGUCAGCUCUCUGCAGAGAGAGGUCAAAACCCUCAACAUGGACUGCAGCCAGCUCAGAGCGCAGAGAGGGGCGGAGGACGACAUUGUCCGUCAGCUGAGAGAAAGUGAGAGAGCAAUGGAGAGAGUAAUCGAGGAGAAGGAGAGUCAGUUGGUCUCCCUGAUGGAGGAGAGAGAGAGGGAUGGAAGUCAGCUGGAGGAGCUGUCCUCCCAGCAUGCCUCUGUGUGCGGGGAGCUGAAGGAGGCACAGGAGCAGCUGCGUCAGGCGGUGGAGGAGGUGAGGAGGAGAGACAGGCAGCAGGAGGAGCAGCAGAGAGAGAGCAGGAGGCUGCAAGAGGAGCAGGACAGUGUGCAGAGACACAGGGAGCAGCUGCAGGAGGAGCUGCAGGAGCUCAGGUCUCUGUCGGUGUCUCUCCACCAGCAGCUCAGUCAGCAGCAGAAGCAGCUCUCCCAGUCAGAGGUGGACAGGUGUCAGCUGCAGACACACAUCUACGCUCUGCAGCAGGCCAAGGAGGCGCUACACGGGGAGGUCGAGUGUCUGAGAGGAGAGCUGGAGAGAGCAUCGGCCAGGAGAGAAGACGAGAGAGAGAGGAGCGAGGAGGAGGAGGAGGAGAGGGACGCGCUGAAAGAGGAGAUGGAGAAGCUGAAGGAGGAGGCAGAGGAGCUGAGGAGGAGGAGGAUGGACGAGGAAAAGGAGAAGGAGGAGGAGAGGGAGGCCUGGCAGAGAGAGAGGGAGGCUCUGAGCGAGGAGCUGGGGACGAGGGACGGAGAGGUGGAGGCGCUGAGGAGGCGCAUAGAGGGACUGACAGAGGAGGAGGAGGAGAGACUAAGAGAGGCGGAGAGACUGAGGAAGGAGGUGACUGAGAAGGAGGCACAAAUCAGCCACAUGAUGGACAGAAUACAGCAGGCGGAGGGACUGGAGGAGGAGGUGAAGAGGACGGAGGUUAGGUUUAAAGAGGAGGAGGUGAGGAGGAACGGAGAGAUUGAGGCGCUCUGCGACCGGAUGGAGAGAUUAGAGAGAGAAAAGGAAGAGAGGGAGGAGGAGAUGGAGCGACUGAGGAGUGAAGCACAGGAGGAGGUCGAGAGAUGGAGGAGGAGGGUGGAUGAGGUGGAGGAAGAGAUUUACAGACUAAAAGAAGAAAACUCUGAACUGAAGGAAGGCAGAGAGGAGGAGAGAAGAGAGAAGGAGAGACUGCGAGGCGAAAAGGAGGAGGUGGAGGAGGGGCUGUUGGAGAAGCUGGGGGAGGUGGAGCUGCUGAAGGUGAGGUUGAAUGUGGCCAAGGAGGAGUGUGAGGAGGUGAAGGAGGAGGUGGAGCGGAAGGAACGUAGCCUGGAGCGACAGAUGAGCGCCGUGAGGGAGAAGGAGGAGGAGGUGGAGGAGCUGAAGGAGUGCCUGAGGCUGGCGGAGGAGCAGGAGGAGGAGGGAGCGAGGGAGUGUCAGGAGGCGAACGACAAACUGAAGCAAAAGGAGGCGAGGGCGGAGCAGCUGGAGGCGCUGCUGAAAGAAACCCGGGCGCUCCUGGAGAAAGAGAGGAGGGAGGGAGGAGAGAAAGACAACAGGUUCUCCUCCCAGGCCAGGGAGCUGCAGGAGGCCCGGGCCGAGAGCGAGGGAGCGAGGAGGAAAGUCAGAGAGAGGGAGGAGGCCCGCGACAGGAUGGAGGAGGAGGUGAAGGAGUGGAGGGAGAAGGCAGAGCGAAGCGCUAGGGAGGUGGAAAAACUCAAUCAUAUCCUGAAGGAUCAAGGGGAGGAGGUGCAGCAGCUGAGAGCCACGCUGGAGGAGAAAUGGGAGGAGGGGAGAGAGUGGGAGGCGCUGAGGAGAUCGGAGGUGGAGAGGAGGAGGAGGCUGGACAACAAGCUGACAGAGCUAGAGGAGGAGAAAGGGAAACUGGAGGAGAAAGUAAGGGAGGUUGAGGAGGAGCGGGAGGAAGAGAGGGAGGCACUGAGGAGAGCCAGGGAGGAGAGGAGCAGGUUUCAGGACAGAUGUGCAGAGAUUGAAAAGGAGGCGCAGGAGCAUAGAGAGGAGCUCAGGACGACAGCGGAGGAGAAGAGGAGGCUGGAAAACAAACUGAAGAAGACAGAGGAGGGGAGGAGGGGAGAUGAGGAGGUUUUGAGGAGGGUGAGGGAGGAGAAGAGGAGGUUGGAAGAUGAACUGAUAGAGAAGGAGAAAGAAAUCAAGGGACAGAGGGAGGUGCUGAGAAUUAAAGAGGAGGAGAAGAAGAGGUUGGAGGAUGAACUAAGGGAGGAAAAAGAGGAGCAAGGGAGAUUAUUGGAGGCUGAGAGAGGCCAGCACCUCCUGGUGCAGGAGAAAGGGAGGUCCAGAGUGACGGAGCUGGAAGAGGAGAAGGCAGGACUGUCGGUCGAGCUGAGAAGGAGGGAGAGGGAGGUGACAGCUCUCAGAGAGGAGGUGCAGAGGGAGAGGGAUACUGCUCAGGAGGAGCUAAGGAGGAGGAAAGAGGAGGUGUCUGUACUCAAAGAGGAGAUAGCAAGGGAACAAAGGGAGAAGGAGAAGAUAGAGGAGAAGCUGAGGAGGACUGAGAAGGAGGUGACAGCUCUCAGUGGGGAGGUGAAAAAGGAACAAAGGGAGAAGGAGGAGAUGACUGUCCUCAAAGACAAGGUACAGGAGGAGCUGAGGAGGAGCAAGGGGGAGGUGUCUGUACUUAGAGAGGAGGUAGACACAAAACAAAGGGAGAAGAGUGAGGCACAGGAGGAGGUCACAGCUCUCAGAGAGGAGGUGCAGAAGGAGCUAAAGAGGAGGGAGGAGGUACAGGAGGAGUUGAGGAGGACCAAGAAUGAGUUGACAGUCAUCACAGAGGAGGUACUAAAGGAGGAGAAGGAGAAGGAGCAGGUACAAGAGAAGUUAAUGAGGACAGAGAAGGAGGUGACAGCUCUUAGAGAGGAGGUGCAGAGUGAGCGGAGGAGGAGGGAGGAGGCCCAGGAGGAGCUGACAGCUCUCAGAGAGGAGGUGCAGAAGGAGCUAAAGAGGAGGGAGGAGGUACAGGAGGAGUUGAGGAGGACCAAGAAUGAGUUGACAGUCAUCACAGAGGAGGUACUAAAGGAGGAGAAGGAGCAGGUACAAGAGAAGUUCAUGAGGAUAGAGAAGGAGGUGACAGCUCUUAGAGAGGAGGUGCAGAAUGAGCAAACGAGGAGGGAGGAGGUACAGGAGGAGCUGACAGUUCUCAGAGAGGAGGUGCAGAAGGAGCAGAGGAGGAGGGAGGAGGUACAGGAGGAGCUGAAGAGAACCAAGAAUGAGUUGACAGUCAUCACAGAGGAGGUACUAAAGGAGGAGAAGGAGCAGGGACAAGAGAAGUUAAUGAGGACAGAGAAGGAGGUGACCGCUCUCAGAGAGGAGGUGCAGAGUGAGCGGAGGAGGAGGGAGGAGGUACAGGAGGAGCUGACAGCUCUCAGAGAGGAGGUGCAGAGGAGGAGGGAGGAGGCCACAGCUCUCAGAGAGGAGGUGCAGAGGAGGAGGGAGGAGGCGACAGCUCUCAGAGAGGAGGUGCAGAGGAGGAGGGAGGAGGCCACAGCUCUCAGAGAGGAGGUGCAGAGUGAGCAGAGGAGGAGGGAGGAGGAGCCAGCUCUUAGAGAGGAGGUGCAGAAUGAGCGGAGGAGCAGGGAGGAGGCCCAGGAGGAGCUGACAGCUCUCAGAGAGGAGGUGCAGAGGAGGAGGGAGGAGGCAACAGCUCUCAGAGAGGAGGUGCAGAGUGAGCGGAGGAGCAGGGAGGAGGCCCAGGAGGAGCUGAGAGGAGUGCAGCAGAGCGUGGAGGUGAUGGCGGUGAACCUGAGCUCCCUGCAGAGUCGGCUGUGUGAUCUGAGUCAGAGCAGGGAGCGAGCCAGGCAGGAGGUGAAGGAGAAGGAGGAGGAGAAGCGGCAGAUGAAGGAGGGUCUGAAGGCUGCUAUGGAGGAGAUGACCCAGCUGAAGCUCCUCCUGCAGGAGAGCCACGCAGAAGGGGAGCGACUGAGGAGCGCUCUGAAGGAGAAGAAGGAGGAGGUGGAGAAGGGCAGAGAGGAGAACCUGCGGACCUUCAGGGAGGAGGUGCUGCGAGAGAGGGAGGAGGAGGAGAGAGGGGAGGUGGAGGAGCUGAGAGCCAGAGCCAAGGCCCUGGAGAGGAGGAGGAAAGAGAUGAUGGAGGAGCUGGAGGAGGCUCGACGGGCGAAGGAGGAGGCAGAGGAGAAGAGGAGGGCGACUGAGGAGUGGUGGAGGAGCAGAGUGGAAGAGAUGGAGGAGGAGCAGAGGGUAAAGCUGAAAGAAAUCCAGGCGCUGAAGGAGAGAGAGGAGGAGACGCAGAAGGAGUGGAGGUCCAGGGUGGAGGAGACGAGGAGGGAGGUGGAGGAGAGUCGGGCCGAGCUGAGCCGGGUCAGAGCCACGCCGGCCAUGUUGGAGGAGCAGAAAACACAGAUCAUCUCGCUGUCUGCUGAGAGAGAGGAGGAGAGAGAGGAGAUGGACGGACAGAGGAGGAGGACGGGAGACCCCACGACAGACAAGGAGAACAGAGGAGGAGGAGGAGAGCAGGAGGAGGACGAGGAGGAGCAGAGCUCCUCUCUGCUGCAGGAGAAAGAGGAGAUCAGGAGGCAGCUGAGGAGCAGAGAAGAGGAGGUGUACGCUCUGACUCAGAGGACAGAGGAGCUGGAGAAAGACAGGGAUCGUGUCCGAUUGGCUCUGGAGCGAACUGAGGCAGCUAUGAUUGGGUACAGGGAAAGAGCCCACCAACAGGAGAAGAGCCCGGGGACGGGGCCUAACCCAGACGAGGUCAGCGUAUCUGUGCAGGGUGUGGGGGACAGACUGGUGGUCCUGCAGCGUCUCGUGGCCGAACUGGAGCUAGAACAGAAGCGACUGAACAGGAGAAACUCUCAUCUGGAAAAUCAGAAAGACAAACUGAAGAGAGACAGAAACACACUGAGAGACACACUGAGACAGGUGGAGGAGGAGCGUUCGAGGUUCAGACAGCAGCUGACUGACAGCAGCAGAUCUCAGUCUGCAGUCACCACAGAAGAAGAACGGCUGAGAAGCAGAGUGAGGGAGCUGGAGGAGCAGGUGAGUCAGCUCCAUCUCUCAUUGGCUGUGGAUCAGCAGCAGAGGGCAGAGUUUAUCCAGCAGUCCUCCAGAAACAGCCAGUGGCUGCUCUCUCUGAGGCACGACCUCACAGACUCGCUGGCCGCCGUCACGCGCCGUCCAGUCCCGUCCGUCCUGGAGUCCGAGACGCAGCGAUUGGACCGCAGCCUGAGAGAGGAGGAGCUUAGGAUGUCCAUCAGCCAAUCGUAACGCCUGAAAAAUGAAAAGUUAAUAAAAAUCUUUUGAUCAAAAACUUUAAACCUGAACCUGCUCAGAGACAAUCAGCUGUUUCCGGCUGGUACACAACAGACCUGGUGGACUUACUGAUCACAGGGUUGGUGAUCGGCUCUGUGACUUCUGAACUGGGUCGGUUCGUCCGUCCCCCUUUUUUUCUAGAACUGGUCUCCAAAAUCUGUGGGUCCGUGUAGCGCCGAUGAUGCAGGAUGACAUCACCAAAACCGUCCAAUCUCUGAGUUACCUGUCAGCCUGUGUGACGUGACAUUUGCAGCUGUUGGUUCGUUGGUUAAAAGGACGGGAACCAAAACACCGGACCCGUUAUUCUUUGGUCUGGACCAAAUGGACGGGGCUGCAGGUGUGACAGUCACCCGAGGCCCACGAGGAACAUGUGGUCUGUGUUUCGACCUUCAGGAGGUUUCAUGUGUGUUACUGUACUGUUAUCCACAUAACGUACAGCUCCUGCACGGACUGGAUCGGUACACUAACGGCUGCAGUCGUCGUUUUCACUAUGAAACAGAACCAGAUUUAAAAUUCCUUGAGGUUGUAGACGUUAAAGACGACACGCCGGCUUCAGAGGAACAUCACUGACUCAGUUACUGGACGGCAGUGGUGGAAACAGAAUACAUUUAGUACUGUUCUGUACUGGUAUAAAUACCUCUGAAUACUUCUUCCACCACUGCUGUGCAGACAGACCAGUUCAUGAAACAGAAACCAGUUAGAGGAUCUCAGUUUAAGUGAAACUGCACCAGUUCCUGAUCUGUUAUUGUUACAAAACUCCACAAAAUGUUUACUGAGUUAUUUAUUGUCGUAUUUAUAUUUUAUACUUUCAUUCCUGUCAGACCUCUGAGCCAGUACACGCUGCGUUUCCCACGAUGCUUCAGUCUGAGCCGACGUCAGAGGUCAGCUGUGCGUUUGUGUAACAAUAAAAACCAAAGAUAGGAUUUUAAA